AUGAAUAUAAAUGAAAAGGAUAAAUUAGCUGAGCAGAAUUUAGAAACUUUAGAUGUAACUAAAUUGACACCAUUAAGUGAAGAUGUUAUAAGCAGACAAGCUACAAUAAAUUUAGGCACCAUUGGUCAUGUGGCUCAUGGAAAAUCAACAUUAGUUCAUGCAAUAUCGGGGGUUCAUACAGUUAGAUUUAAGCAUGAAAAGGAGAGAAAUAUUACUAUUAAAUUAGGAUAUGCGAAUGCAAAGAUAUAUAAAUGUACAAACCCUGAUUGCUUACCACCUGAAUGUUAUAAAUCAUAUGAAAGUAGUAAAGAAGAUAAUCCAAUAUGUCCACGUAAAGAUUGUAAUCAUGAAAUGAAAUUAUUAAGACAUGUAUCAUUUGUAGAUUGUCCAGGGCAUGAUAUUUUAAUGGCAACUAUGUUAAAUGGUGCUGCUGUUAUGGAUGCUGCUUUAUUAUUAGUAGCUGGAAACGAAUCAUGUCCACAACCUCAAACCUCUGAACAUUUAGCUGCUGUAGAAAUUAUGAGAUUAAAACAUAUAUUAAUUUUACAAAAUAAAGUAGAAUUAAUUAAAGAAGAACAAGCAUUAAAACAACAAGAAGAAAUUAGAAAUUUUGUUUCAGGAACAGCUGCUGAUAGCGCUCCAAUUAUUCCUAUCAGCGCUGUCUUAAAAUAUAAUAUUGAUGUAGUUUGUGAAUAUAUUGUUACUCAAAUUAGUAUACCUAAAAGGGAUUUUAUAUCAUCUCCACAUAUGAUUGUUAUUCGUUCAUUUGAUGUGAACAAACCUGGUGAAGAUAUUGAAACCUUACAAGGUGGUGUAGCAGGUGGUAGUAUAUUACAUGGUGUUUUAAAAGUUGGAGAUAAAAUUGAAAUUAGGCCUGGUAUUAUUUCAAAAGAUGAUAAAGGAGAAAUAACAUGUAGACCUAUCAUUUCACAAAUUCUUUCUAUGUUUGCAGAAAAUAAUAAUUUAAAAUAUGCUGUACCAGGAGGACUUAUUGGUGUUGGUACCAAAAUAGAUCCUAUCUUAACAAGAGCUGAUCGUUUAGUUGGUCAAGUUAUCGGACAUCUAAAUAAAUUACCUGACUGCUUCGCUGAAAUUGAAAUAUCUUAUUACUUAUUAAGAAGAUUAUUAGGUGUUAAAUCACAAGACGGAGAAAAAAAUACUAAAGUUGCCAAACUUAAAAAUGGAGAAUUCCUUAUGAUCAACAUCGGUUCUACUUCUAUUGGUUGUAGAGUUACUGGAAUCAAAACUGAACUAGCCAAAUUAGAACUAACUGGUCCAGUAUGUACUAAAAUUGGAGAUAAAAUUGCUCUCAGUAGAAGAGUUGAUAAGCAUUGGCGUUUAAUUGGAUGGGGACAAAUUAAUAAGGGAAAACCCUUGGAGCUUCAAGAACCAAUUUGA